GGCUCUGGUUGUGCCGAGAUGGGGCUGCCCAGGCCAGGGCUGUGGCUGAAGAGGCUCUGGGUCCUCUUGCAGGUGGCUGUGCAGGUGGCCGUGGGCAAAGUGUUCCUGAUACUGUUUCCCGAGAGAGUCAAGCAACACAUCUUGGCCAUGAACCAGAAGAACCCCCACUUUUCCUAUGACAACUGGGCCCCGACCUUCUACAGCAUGCAGUAUUUCUGGUUUGUCCUGAAGGUCCGAUGGCAGCGACUAGAGGACAGGACUGAGCCCGGGGGCCUGGCCCCCAACUGCCCUGUGGUCCGGCUCUCAGGACAGAGGUGCCACAUUUGGGACUUCAUGCAAGAUGGCUGGGCUUUUAAGAACAACGUGAACAUCAGGACUCACCGGAAUCUCCAGGACCGCCUGCAGGCUGCCUGCUUGCUGCUGGACAGGAGCCCCCAGUGCCCUGUGGUGGUGGACACGAUGGAGAACCAAAGCAGCCAGCACUACGCGGCGCUGCCUGAGAGGCUCUAUGUGCUCCAGGAGGGCAGGAUCCUCUACAAGGGUAAAUCUGGCCCUUGGAACUACCAUCCAGAGGAAGUUCGUGCUGUUCUGGAAAAGCUCCACAGGUAGUCUGGAAAGAUUCCCUAGUUCUAGGUGAUCAACAGGAGGGGCUCCUCCGGUCUCGGCUCUCCUCCCAGCCCAGGUUGGCGGUUACCUCUGGACUCCUGUCCCCUGCUGAGCCACUAGCUCAGAUUGGUCUGCUCUAACCAAACACUUAUCAGAAAAAAAAGCAGCAAGUUAGCUGAAUGUUAAAGACCAUACAACUCGACACUGCCCCUACCAGUGGAGACCACAUUCACUGCACGACAUCCCCACGUGAGAGAGGCCCCACUCCGGGGCCUCCUGCUGAGGUGCGGUAUCUCUUUCCAGCCACUCUGAUACCAAUUGUUCAGAUAUGGCGGUCCUUAUGGUAGGCAAAUUCAUUUUCCCCAAUUUGCCAUUUAUGGACUUGAUCAUCUAAGACACUAAAUUGGCUUUUAGACCCAAGCAUGGGGAGAACGCCGGUUGUUUAGAGAGAGAGAUGAGGAAUUGAAAGCUUUCGUUCAUUUAUGCAGAAGCUCGCCUUCGAAAUUGUUUCUCUGAUUUCUUUGCAAGUCUCCUAAUGGUCAUUUGUGUUAGAUUACAUCAGACUAAUGGAUAACCAUUGGUAUUCAUCUGUUUUAACUCUGCUUCUUUUCAUAUUUGUCUAUGACGGCCACAGCCUAAAGCACACACAGCUGUGACUUGAUUUGAAGGAAAAUGUUUUAAGAUGCAGCAAGCUAAUACAGGAUGAUUAAACUAUCUCAGGC